GCCUGGUAGAAGGGGGUGGAGCCCCUCCGCGACCGAGCUCUCACGCCCGUGGUGGCGGCGAGGUUCUUUUUCAGUGUAUGCUUCUCCACGCCAAGCGGCUCUACUUGGUUUCAGCAAUGGAGGGCGUGCGCUGGGCCUUUUCCUGCGGCACUUGGCUGCCCAGCCGAGCCGAAUGGCUGCUGGCGGUUCGAUCGAUCCAGCCUGAGGAGAAGGAGCGCAUUGGCCAGUUCGUCUUUGCCCGGGACGCUAAGGCAGCCAUGGCUGGUCGUCUGAUGAUAAGGAAAUUAAUUGCAGAGAAAUUGAAUAUCCCUUGGAAUAAUAUUCGUUUGCAAAGAACUGCAAAAGGAAAACCAGUUCUUGCAAAAGACUCAUUGAAUCCUUACCCUAAUUUCAACUUUAACAUCUCUCAUCAAGGGGACUAUGCUGUACUUGCUGCUGAACCUGAGCUACAAGUUGGAAUUGAUAUAAUGAAAACUAGUUUUCCAGGUCGUGGUUCAAUUUCAGAAUUCUUUCACAUUAUGAAAAGAAAGUUUACCAACAAAGAAUGGGAAACAAUCAGAAGCUUUAAGGAUGAAUGGACUCAGCUGGAUAUGUUUUAUAGGAAUUGGGCACUGAAAGAAAGCUUCAUAAAAGCCAUAGGUGUUGGGCUUGGAUUUGAAUUGCAACGGCUUGAAUUUGAUAUAUCCCCAUUAAACCUGGAGAUAGGCCAGGUUUAUAAAGAAACACGCUUGUUUCUGGAUGGAGAAGAAGAAAAAGAAUGGGCAUUUGAGGAAAGCAAAAUAGAUGAGCAUCAUUUUGUUGCAGUAGCUCUUAGGAAACCCGAUGGAUCUAGACAGCAGGAUGCUUCAUCUCAAGAUGAUUCUAAACCAUCCCAGAGGCAGUUUACCAUUCUUACUUAUAAUGACUUAAUAUCAUCUGCUGUUCCUAUGACCCCUGAAGAUCCUUCAUUUUGGGACUGUUUUUGCUUCACAGAAGAAAUUCUGAUACGAAAUGGUACAAAGUCAUGAUAGGAUAAGUAACAAAGGGAAAUGAAAACUUUACAAUAUUCUGUAUUUGCUAAAAAAUAAAUGCCUGAUAACUAUCAAAUUUUAUUUCAUGAAACACUUUGAAAAAAAAACUUUUCCUAUUAAAAAAGAAUACUCCCAGUUCAAAUACACGCAGUUAAACGGUGUAGCUUAGUAGAAUAUAAUUACCAUUUCUUUCUCCCCAGAAUCGCAUUGAAUUGACAGAAGAUAUAGAAAAGGGUGGCAGACUCUUAAGUGAUACAGGCACACCUUAUUUUAUUGCAUUUUGCUGUAUCGUGCUUCACUUUAUUGUGCUUCACAGGCGUUAACGUUUUUUACAAAUGGAAGGCAAGACCCUCCACCAGCAAAAAGGUUAUGACUCACUUUAUUAUGGUAGUGUGGAAGUGAACCCACAGUAUCUCUGAGGCAUGCAAAUAUGUAAUAAGGAAACAUUUAAUUCCUGUCCUUCAGACAACUAUAUCAGAGAUAACUAUUUCUAAAGCCUUUUUCUUGGCAGAUGAAUCCAUAUUAAUAUACUUGUUUUUAAUAAAAAAUGGGAACAUACUAUUUUGUCAUUUUUUUCAUCUUAACUGCACAUCUACUGUUCAUAAAUAAUUCUGUGGCAAGCCUGUUACUGACUCCAAGGUAUUCUCUUAUAUGGCUAACAUCAGUUAAGAUGCUUUUUACCAGAGGUAACAGUGUCCAAGUAUAACUCACUUAAGUAACCAAGAACAUUUAUUAUCUCAUACAACACGCAGUUAAACGGUGUCAUUAAGGACACUUGUUUUGCCUCAGCCUCAGUUUGUUUUGCCUUAGGCUUGUUUCAUGGUCAUGAGAGCUGCUGCUAUAACUUCCAGCUUCAAAUCUUCAUACAGUUGCAUCUAAAAGUCAGGAAGGGCUUUUUUCUCCCUUCACAUCUGUUUUGUCAGUGAGGAAUACAUUUCCCUCAAGUCCCCAGAUUUCCCUUCAGUUUCCCUUGACUCACAUCGGAUCACCAAGAAAACGGAUCCUUAGACCCUGUGGGCAAUAGACUCUGUAAGGUAGAAGCUAAGGCAAAGUGGGGAGAAUGGCAUCGAGAGGAGGCCCACUGCCUGCCGUAAGGGAGGUAUGCCUCAGUUUGUCCAUUUUUCCUCUUUGUUAGGCAUUUUGAUUGUCGGCAGACUUUACUGUAAGCAGUGGUGCAGUGGCUAUCCUUGUAACCGCAUUUGAGGUAUAUGUCUAAUUAUUUCUUGAGAAAGUUUCUGUAAGUGGAAUGGUUGGUUCAAAAGGAUUAAACUUUUUUGGAGCUUUGAUAAGUGUUGCCAAAUUGCUCUCCAAAAUGCCUGUUAGUUUUAUAUGGGUAACCACCUUUUCACCCCCCCCCAACCUGUCUCUGACAUGCUGUAGAUACUUUUUUUUUAAUUUAACCUUUGCCAAUAUAAGUGAAAAAUGGUACCUUAUUUUUUUAAAUUUCUAUUUCUCUCAUUAUAAAUGGGUUGGUAUAUCAGUGUUGUUAUUGGCUAUUUGUAUUCCUUUUUUAAUGAACUUCCUGUUCAUUGCAUUUGCCUGUUUUUAUUGAGUAAAUAGGACUUAAUUUAAAGUGGGAACAUAAUAUAUAAAAUGCCAAGACCAUCAUAUUGAUGACAGAAUCUGUUGGGUUGGCCACAAAGUUCAUUUAGUUUUUUCUGCACGAUGGCUCUAGAAGUGCUUUGUUGUCUUUAACUUCAUUUGAAACUAUUUUGUUAGGUUGUAUUGUGACAGCUCUCAUAUCAGCGUGCAUUUAAAAAAAAAUCAGAACUGGUAAAUUUGUAUAGCCAUUUUAAUAUUGAAGAAAAUAGGCAACAUUUUCAGCAUAUUAUGUUUUAUUAUUUCAAGAAAGGUGAAAACACAACUAUCUGAGCCCUGGCUAAUGUGGCUCAGUAGAUGAGCACCAGCCUGCUAACGAAAGGAUUGCAGGUUCGAUUCCCAGUCAGGGCACAUGCCUAGGUUAUGGGCCAGGUCCCCAGUCGGGGGCAUGUGAUAGGAAACCACACAUUGAUGUUUUCUCUUUCUCCCUCCCUUCCCCUCUCUCUAAAAAUAAUAAAUAAAAUCUUUAAAGAAAUGAAACACAAAAAGAUUCAUGCAGUAUAUGGAGAAGGUACUGAGACUGAUUAAAUGUGUUAAACAUGGUUUAUGAAGUUUCUGGGCACUAUUGAUAUUUUGGCCAAAUAGCUCUUUGCUGUCGGGCUGUCUUAUGCAUUGGAAGAUGUUUAGCAGCACCCCAGGCCUCUACCCACUGGAAGCCAAUAGCAAGACAUGGCCAACAUAUUCAAAAUAUCCAAAUCAAUAAAACUGUUAGUGAAAAUGAAAAAUGUGUCUUUUUAUUUUACAGAAAAGACUAAACGGACUUUUUGACCAACCCAAUAUUAUAUGGUUGUAAUGCAUGUCUUGGGGAGUUUGUCUUGUUAUUGUUUAAUAUCAAGAAGUGAAAUAAUUUUAUUGUUUCCAUUACUGAAAUUGAAAGUUGUGUGUAAAUUGUAUACAAUUAGAUACCUUGCUUAGUUAAAAAAAAAAUUGAAUGUUUUAUAAUUUUUUACUUUAUUAAGCAUGCCCAAAUAUUCCAAGCAUAGUAAAUAACGUGUUUAAAACAGAUCAAGUAGCAUUUAUAAUAUAGGAAGCAUUAUCCCUCGCAUGAAUGUAAUGGUGAUAGGGAAAACUGUCAUCUGUCUUGUCAUUAUAAUAAAAUGAUUAACAUUGAAUUUUUAU